AUGAUCGGUGGGGAAUACAAGAAGGAGCGGUUCAGCGAGCGCCUGACCAUUGCGCAGAACCAGCCCAAGAACCGCGGCUACCUGCCUGGGACACAUCUCAAGACGGGCGGCUAUGGCACCGGUACGCUGAUGGGCAACUGGAGUGAGGAGCGCUUUGACGCGGGGUACUACGACGGCAAGGCAGUUGUCGCGUCCAGUCUACGCCCGGUAUGGAGCACCACGUACCGUGAGAUGGUGCAGAACGUCGCGGCGCCGCCCGGCUUCGGUGCCCCCGCGUCCGGCGCUGGCAGCAGCAGCUGCACGACCGCCAGUCGCACAUCCGCGGCCAACACGUGCGAUCGCACGCAGUUCUCUCAGCAGACGUUCAUGGCCAUCGAGGACCACACGGGGAGAUCGUACCCGGCCCACCAGCCCCAACUCGACCCUGCGUGGCAGGAAGCCGUGCAGAGCACCCGCCAUAGCACCUUCCAGUCCUCCUACACUCACCCCGACGUGCGGCGGCAGGAGGCGAAGGCGUACGUGCCGCCGGUGCUAGGUGGCAAGCCGUCGUCGCAGUCCACCGGCGUCCUGCUGCGCCUUCGCCGGCAGCUAGAGCUGGCACAGGAGUCGCUGGACAGCUCCUCCGGUACGGGCACGGUCGUCUCCGCCUUUCCGGGCAAUGUAAUCCGCUCCGUCCGCAAGGCGUUGGCCAAAGCCUGCACUGACCCCAACGGCAACGUCAACACGGAAGAGCUGCAGGAAGGCUUCGCCGCUGCCGAUGUGACCGCAGCCCCGGCUGAGUGCGUGGCGCUGUUGCGCUACUUUGACCAUGAGGGCCAUCUCACGGCGCCGUACGUGGCGAUCGCCGAAGCCGUUCGAGGAGAGAUGAACAGCCGCCGUGCCGACCUUGUCGAGAGCGUCUACGGCCUGCUGCGCUCCUUCAGCCCUGACGGUGUUGUCCGCCUCGAGAAGCUGGUUGAGUGGGUUGACGUGGAACAGCUGCCGGCAGUACAGUCGGGCUCCGUGAGCGCGGACGCGGCGCGCGCCGCCUUCGCCGUCCAAUGGGAUGCCCGCACGCCAACGGCGCACAUCACGCAGGCCCGCUUUGCCGACUUCUUUGCCGACGCGUCUUUCGAGAUUCCACUGGACAACACGUUUGAGCUGACACUGCGCAAUAUUUGGCACAUGAGCGGCGGCCGCGGCAACUGCGAGAACAAGUCCUGUCGGCGGGUGGUGGUGGUGCACACGAACGGGCGGGUUACGAAGGAAGAGGUCAAGAACGACCUGCUUAUAAAGGACAAGGGCGACGAAGCUGCCUUGGAUUCGCUGCUGCGCGCGAACUUGGCGAAGCAGGGUAUCAAAGAUGUCAAGUCUCUCUGUGUGGUGCCACCAGUCUGA